CAGCAGCGGAGCGCCCGAGCACCUUUUCCACUGGCCACUCAGUUGGAGUCUGAGGAAGAAGUCGGAGGAGUUUACGCCCGCUGAAUCACCAUGAAGACCAUCAGGCUUCUUGUCCUCGUCCUGUUAGCAUCCGUCCAUGUCUACACAUCAGAUGAAUCAGUUGAGUCAAGUGACAAAAAGGACCAACAAUCCACAGCAGCACCAGCAGGCACAACAUUGUCACUGGCACCGGCAGCACCAGUAACCCCAACACCAGCACCACGCGCAGGGCCAAUAGCAACACCAAAAGUAGCACCAACAGCAGCAGCACCAACAGCAGCAGCACCAACAGCAGCAGCACCAACACACCCAGUUCUACCUCCCACUGCUGCUCCUGAUGCCACCAGCAAAUCUCCUGACAAAAAAAUUGAGGCUCCAACACCUACACCAAAGACUGCUUCACCUACAACAGCAUCUAAUGACCACAAGACUGUGACCGCUACAUCUCUUGCCGGGAUGGACAAUGAUACUUCGAUAAAUGACACUCUGAAACCAAGAUCUCCUCAAACACAUCACUAUCCUGACCCAGGAAACUCCUUUGAUAGCACGCCAGAUGUGUUGACUCCAGGGCCUCAUGAGACCAUUGAAAAACCAGGUAAAGGUGCAACUACUCCUGCACCAGCAUCACAUCGAACCAUGGCACCUCCAGGGAUGCCACAUGAGGCUGAAAAGAAUAAAGACAAGAGUGCUGGUUCUCCACCUGGCACUGAGGAAAAAGCACCCCCAAAAUCAGACAAAAGGCUGUGGUGGAUUCUGUUGCCUGUCGUCCUGGUUGGAGCUGCUGUGGCCAUUGUCUUCAAAUUCAAAUGCAAGAAGAUCCACGAUCACACAGAAACCAUUGACACUGGAACCGAGAACGCAUCUUUCCAGAGCCGACCCGAGAGCACCAAAGAUGGCGUCAUGCUCCUCGGAGUGAAGUCAUCAGGCGGGGAAGAAAAUGCUGCUGCCAGAUAAAAAAGAAGGGCAUCGAGAUGGGCCAGUGGAUGACUCACACCUGCCUCCCACACGCUGAUGGUCUGGAGGAACUGUUUAGAUGUUUGAGUUUUUUUUUUUUAAAUAUUUCUCUUGUAAAUGUUGUGAAAAAUUUGGUGAAGCAGAAAAGUAUGUUUGAUUAUGUAUGCCGAGAGCAGUUUUAUAAGGCACGGUUUGCGACUGUGAUCAUAAAUCUCAGAGGAAGUGAACUUAUUUUCAACCACAACUGACUUAAUAUAGUAAAUCUUUGAAUAGAUAGCACAGGUGAAAUACUGUAAGCAGAUUAAUAGUUGCCUUUGGAAUAUAUGAAAUGAAAACUUAAUUUAGCCAUCCUUUUAUAUCAGUUUAUUCUCAACCAGGACCAACCUGAGUAGCUCAUUUCUGUCUACAUGUUAGGCCACAACACAUUUCCUGUACAGUGCACUGACCUCAGAUCCAUCGCAUAUUUGAUGUAAUAAAUCACUUCAUUUCAUAGUUUCAUAAUUAUCCAUUGAGUGUGAUGUCACCCAGCAUUUAAGUGCCUUGAAUAUUUUGUAGAUUUUGGUGUUGCUGUUGUUUUUUAUUUCUUUUUGUGUGUGUAAUUGAAAUUUUGAAGAUGGUAUAAGAACAGAAUCUUUUGAGGUGUACUCCAUUUUUACCUGUCACAUAUCUCAGUAAGCAUUUCUUAAAGAGAGGUAAUGGGGGUUUUAAGAUGUUUUUGUCAGUACAUAUAACAUUCAAGCAUGAGGAAUAGAUAAAGCAGAUGCAGGAAACUGUAUUUAGAGACACUGGAUUUUUUUAUGGCUGGACUUUGUUGCUCUCAACCUCAAUUUCCUCAAUAAAUCACUGGAAAACGGUUUAA